AUGUCCCUCGGCAUUCUUGACUAUUACUUCACCACCCCUUCGCCCAAGCUCAGUCCCACUCUGCCCGCCAAGACUCCCAACCUCGAACUCCCUCCCAUCGAUCCAGUUAAAGAGAAGUUCGAUUUUGAGCUGGCUCCGGCCGAAACGAGCCUUCCUGCCGCUUCUACGCCGCCGCAAGAAUCGUGGGAGCGUCAACGCGACCUGGAUGCAGUUUCUGGAGCCGCAAGUCUCCCGGACGAGAUUUUGGACCCCUCGGCCGAGCCUCACGCCUCGCGACCAGACAGCCGAGCGAAGGAGACAUACACCUUAUUCCCCAACGUCAAAGUAACCACCCCUCCCAGCAGACCAGGAGACCUCCUCAACACAACACGCCGCUCACCACCACCACCCGCGACCUCUCACAGCACCAACCACCCCAACACUUCCUCCGCCUCCUCCCGCCCGCGCAAAGAAAGCACCUCCGCCUCCACCCACAGCCACCACACUACCAGAGACCUCCUCCCAACCAUCUACCCCCACCCCGCCCGCAUCCCCCUACGCAUCCUCUCCUCCUCAGGCGUGGCAUCCACACCCCGCGUAACUUCCACAGCCACCGAGACGAACUCCACCACCUCGUCUCCACAGGACAGCCGCUGGUCCCAAGACACCGUCACCUCGCCCCUCGCGGCCCCCACGCUCGGCAGCGCACGCCGCACCUCUUUCGGCUCCCUGCUAGGGAGCAGUGGUGGGCUGUAUCCGGAGUGCUUUUUCGACGAUGACGAUGAUGAAGAUGAUGAUGGGGCUGACGAGGCUGUGAUCAUUUACCCCAAGUCGCUUUUCUAG